AUAGGUGGAAAGCUCAUUAGCAUGAAUUUACAAAAAUUUGCCAAUUCAUUGUGCAUUAUGUGGAUCCUUUUGAUUCAAGUGGAGGGUGAAGAUAUGGUCAGGCAACUGGAAGAAUUGCAGGAUACAGCAGAAAAGCUACUUACAAGCCUGAAGAAUCAACUGGAACGAACAAAUGAUAAUGAUUUGAAUUCUUCUAAAGAAAAUCGAAGCUAUCCCUCAUCAUGUUUAACGUCCUUCUUUAACGCAAGCGGAGUUUAUAGGAUAAAAGUGCCGGGAAUGGCUCCCUUUCAAGUGUCCUGUGAUAAUUGCAUUGCCGGAUUUGGAUGGUUGGUCAUACAACGACGUCUGAACGGAAGCUUAAACUUCUAUCGCAGUUGGAACGAGUACAAGGAGGGAUUCGGGGAUCUGAGCGGUGAGUUCUUCAUAGGAUUGGAGAAACUACGUGCCAUUACAGCUCUGGAACCCUUCGAACUGUACAUUGCCCUUGAGGACUUUGAUGGGGAGAAACGUUAUGCGAAAUUUGAUGAAUUUGCCAUUGGCAGCGAAGAAGAUGAUUAUGCACUCAAUGUCCUGGGUGUAUAUUCGGGGAAUGCGGGAGAUUCACUGAGAAGUCAUCGCAAAAUGAAGUUCUCCACAUACGAUCGGGAUAAUGAUCGUGAAUUUGCCAGAAACUGUGCGUUUCUCCAUGUCGGUGCCUGGUGGUACAACAGUUGUGUAGACAGCAAUCUGAAUGGACAAUAUAUUGAUGGGGGUAAAUACGAGGAGAAGCUCUUCGCUCGGGGCAUGUGCUGGAGAGCCUGGCGUGGUCACAACUAUGGCUAUAAGAUAACCCAAAUGAUGAUCAGACCCAAGUGCCGACAUUUUCCAGCUACCCUAAAGACGCACAGCAAUUCUACAGCAGAAAUAUGUGAAUCAUUUUAAGAUUCGUAAUUUGUAUGCAUUAUUCAUUUUCGUUCAUUGAAGAAUUAAAGAAUAUUAUAUAAAACUUGACUAUAUAUACUCGAUUAA